AUCUCGACACCCCUUCGCCCCCCCGUCCCCCAAGCCCCCCCAAAAAGUGCAGUGUGACUACGCGCACCUCAGUCCUGUGGUUGCAGACUUUGUAUCAUGACAUCAUGACAAGCUUAACCAGUGCGUGCGGAUUGCUGCACAAACCACAACCAGACUCUCCAGGUUUCAGUAACACAAUGCAAGCAUUGUGUCUUACUUGUACUCAUAAGGGAGCAUCCACUCAGGGCCAGCCUGCUGCUGCUGCAAUUAUUAUUUCUGCCACAGAAAGAAAUCCAUGUCUUGAUGAGAGACUGCAAAGCUCUGUUAUGAGGGCGCUUUUUAAGACUCAAUUUCAGUCAGUGGAGAAUUCGGGUGGGGAGAUAGCAGGGUUGGUUGCCUGGGAGAGCUUUGCACUUUUCAGGACUACAACCCCCAGAAUGCAAUGCAGAGUGAGGCCCCGGAAGCCACAAGUGUCACGCAUCCAAAUAAAGGUGAAGAUGGAGCAAUGACGGGAAUCCAGCAGGUCAGACCAACUCUAUUUCAUGUCUUUCUGUUUAUUAUUUUUCAUGACCAAGACAAAUCAUUGUGUGAUUAUAUAUGAUGUAUAGUAGUGAUUUCUUGUUGUUCGAUGAUGGUGCCUCCUUCCUGGCAUCUUCCUGUGUCGUGAGGGGAAUGGUUGUCUUAAAUGCAACGUUUAAGACAACCAUGAUGUUGGCUGCUCAAUACAACGUUUGGGGCCCUGAGAUGAUUUGUUUUGCUUUAACUGUUUUUCAGAGAAAGGUGGGUUACCUAUCCACAUUCUUAGUCAAUCUUGAAUUGAUUCCCCUUUAGGAUGGUGAAAGCUACCAUCCAUAGCAAGCCCCACCAUGUCUACUCUUCUUACCCUCUGUCCCAGGUCAUCGCACCGGUCAGCUCGUUGCAAGGCCACUUGUUGAGACUGUUGCCUUCUAUCUCUGUUGUCCCACUCUUUAGAGAUCACAGGCGGUAUUUUUAUGUCAACGACCUGACGAAUGCAUCACAGUGGGAGUUCCCGACAGAAGAGGCCAAGGGGGAUGACCUGAAAGGAAACCGGGCUAGCCCAACCUCCAGUCAAGGAGAUGGCAAAACAUCUGCGCCCAACGGUGGACCUUCAGAACCGUGUAUUUGUGCCUCUGCUGCACCACCACCAGUGCCUCAGUCCAGCACAUCAUCAUUGUGGUCCCCAUCUCAACCACCACUUCCUGACAGCCCACCUCCUCCACCUGACCUCCCCCCACUUCCACCUCUCCCCCCGGGCUCACCUCCCGUACCUCCCCCGCCCCCAGACAGUGAUAGUGAGAUCAUGGAGGUGGAGAUGGAGAUGGAUGAUAAUGACAUAGAGCCACCGGCCCCUGGAACUGAAGAUGAUGGCAGCGGGUGGCCCACUUCAGGCAUUGCUGGUGUUAAGGUUUUAGACUCUUCAGCCCCACUGGGUAAGGGUCAGAAACGGAAAGCUGGUCAGCUGAAUAAAGCCAUUAUUGGAAGUAGUCCCAUCCUGUACACACAGCAUGUUGCUACAGCAGCGCCUAUCAUGACCGCACCAGUCUACUGGGGUGUGCCAGCCGUGACUGCACCUCUCGUCCCAUGUGAACCUCCUCUUCCACCUGUUCCUGCUUUACCCCCCCAACCACCGCUGCCACCUCCCCAGCCAGCCUGUGAAUCCUCAGCACUUAAAGUGCCACCUGUGGAAAAGAGCAAGAAAACCAAGAAAGAUAAGAAGGGAAAGACCAAAAUGCCAUCCCUUGUGAAGAAGUGGCAAAGUAUCCAGAAAGAGCUGGAGGAAGAGGAGAAGAGCAGCUCCAGUGAUGAGGACAGAGAACAGCUCAACAAGAAGAAUAUAGAAGACUGGAAACAGCAGCAGCUCAUGACAGGAAAGGCUGCAAAGAAUGCCAACUUCGAGGCACUUCCUGAUAAUUGGAGGGAUCGACUGAAGAAAAGGAAGAUGAACAGCACGUAACAUGGGACCUGAACAACUUAAAUAACGCCCCCCCAAAAAAAAUGAUAUAAUGUCAUGUUAUUGUUUCUUCCAAGCUUCAUUUAGCUAAGUUGCUCAGUCGUUUAUGAAUAUUUUUUGUAUUCAAAAUGAAGACUGAGAUCAACCGCUGGGUUUGAUUGUCCUUCCUCAUUUUUUUAGGUACAAAUGUAAAUGUGCCACCUCUUCAGUUUGUAAUGAACUUGGAUAGAAUGUAUUCAGGUGGCCACAGCAAUAUAUGUAUGAGUGUCAUCUGUUUUAAUUAAACUUUUACACCAGUGUACAUACCAUGUAUAUUAGGACGAGCUGUGUUGGUGGUCUCUGAAUGUGUAAAGUUUUUGUACAUUUAUUAAAUUGUUUUUUCCAAUG